UGCACCCCAGACGAAACCCCAAAUCCCUCAUUUCUUCCCUCCCCACCCAGGAACCCUAGCUUUAUCUCAUGGACGGGGACUCAAUGCCGGUCGCCCUGCCGCCACCGCCGGAGGAGAAGGAGCAGCAGCAGCAGCAGCAGCCGGCGGCCGAUGCGAUCCAGCUCCAGCCUCUCGAAUCGGAUCUGGGUCAGGCGGUCAAGGAAAACAGGGAGAAGACUUCACAAGGUCAAAUUUCAUCUCAGGAUACGAACUUUCUGAACCAUGCUCAAAGAGGUAGUUUUGCAGACGAAGAUAUAAAAAUUCUUCUUAAAUGUGCAAGGCAGUUGAAUCCCAUGCUUGAUUAUGUUGAUACUUCGUGCUGUUCUCGUAAUCUUAUCUGUGGAGAGAGCUAUUACCGUGUGGGUGCCGCGUUAAGUAAUCCUGAGGGGUGGACAUGUUUCGUUAAUUGCAUUCUCCAGUGUGUGGUUCACACUGUUCCUCUGGUGUUGAAGCUUCAGAAAGAUGAUCACACAGAUGCAUGUCCCGGUGCCUCUGGCAAAUUCUGCUGUUACUGCUCCCUAAAAUUCCAUGCUGAUGAAGUUAUCAGUCUCUCUGGGGCUGUUCUUUACCCAAAGAAGUUUGUCGAACACCUGAAAUUAUUUUCAGAAAAUUUCCGGUGGGGAAGGCACCAAGACGCCCAUGAAUUCCUCCGCUGCUUGCUUGAUAAAUUAGAUGAGGCCUCUGUCCCUCCCAGGUCCCCAUCAUCUGAGAGACCCUCUUCAAUUGUCACACAGGUUUUUGGAGGACAGCUAAAAAGCCAGUUGCAUUGCCCAGAGUGCAACUAUUGCUCAGACAGAUUGGAGCCUUUCCUUGACCUUAACUUGGAGGUCAUCCCGAUGGCCACUGUCAUGGAUGCACUAAAAUCUUUUACCAAGAUUGAGGUGUUUGAGAAUUACGGUUGUGAUGGGUGCAGAUCUCGUGUGAACAUGGAAAAACAAUUAAAGGUGGAGCAGGCUCCAGAAGUUCUUGUAAUCCAGCUCAAGCGGUUUCAAAAUUUUGGAAGUCAUAUAACUAAGAUUGAAGACUGCAUGAUGUAUCAGGAAGAGCUGGACUUAAACCCAUUCAUGAGCUCCGCGGAUAAUAAACCUCAGAAAUAUGAUUUGUAUGGAGUUGUAGAACACGAGGGUGCUCCAUCAAAUGGUCACUAUGUUUGUUAUAUCCGUUCGUCACGAACUAAUUGGUUUCACUUCAAUGAUUCUAAGGUUAUGAAAAUCAAUGAUGUCAUGGCUUUGGAGAGUGAAGCAUACCUUCUAUUCUAUGCAAAGCAAGGUUCAUCCCCGUGGUUCUCUACCUUACUUAAGAGAAAAAACAACGUUUCCGGUGACACUGAGGAGGGUGGUUACAGUAGCAAUAGCAGUGAAGAUGACUAUUAUCCUGAAGGCCUGUCUUGGCAUAAUGAUGGCGACAAAACCAGAUCGGCGACGAAAGAAGAAACAGAUCUGCAGCUUAGACAAAUAAUAUCUAUGCAAAAAGAGAAGUGCGGCGAGAGAGAGAUUGAAGAAAAAGCGAAGGCAGAAGGAGACAGCAGCAUCCAAACUACUUGUCCUGAAAGCUUGUCUUGGCGUAAGGAAGCUGAUGUCAAGGGCUCUGAUGAUUCUCCAGCUGGACCAUUGCUCGGACCAGCAGGCUCUCACUCUGACAACAUUGCUAAGGGCAAGCGCACUUAUAAGGCUAUUGUUCAAGAGGAAACGACGCCAGACGAGCUUUUGCAGCAUUUGAAAGAGAUGGUGCCUAGCAUAUUUGCCAAAGCUUUGGAAGGCAUGCAUACGUCUCUUGCACUUUCAGAGGCUUUGAAGAGAGAGCAUGUUGUGGAAAUGCAUAAUGAUGAUGACGACAAAACCCGAUCAGUGAGGAAGCGCAAGUGGGAGUGGGACAAUAACCUCAAAGUGGUGGAAGAAGAAGAAGAAGAAGAAGAAGAAGAUGAUGAUGUUGAAGAAGAACCGUACUACUAUGUCUACUCGGACUAAUUAUCUUGGGUGAAAACCUAGAUUCUGGCCAUGUGCUUGGAUCCGGUGACGGCGGCGCUUGAGUGUCGCUCCUUUUCUAAAGGCGCUUCUGUUGAACAAUCUCGUCGUUCAUGUGGUGUCAUGACAUGGUUGGUGCGGAUAUGGUCAUUGUUGUAAUUUGCCAAUCGCAUAUCACCUUUUCCUCGCCUA